UGCCACUAUUAUGUCUCUCCGCAAUCAUUAUGAAGAUGGAGAAUCUCCGACCUUUUCUGUCGGCUUCCGCUGCGAUUUUUUCGCCACGCCCAAGGGAAAGCUGUGCCUUCACUGCGGCCGCGCCUCGGGAGGUCUCGGAGGCUUCUAGCGCACUGGCUACUAUAAACCUGCAAAUUCCGGUACAGUUUUCUCACUCCUUCUCGCUCCUUCUUCUGCUAUCUUUUUUGUGUGAUUCAAUCCAGCAUCUGAGCCAUGCACGCCUCCCGCAUCUUCCAAGCCGUUAUCGGCCUCCUGGCUGCUACAGUACUCGCCCUUCCGCAUGAGCUGAUGGUGAACAACGAGUUCGUCCGCGAUGUUGGCAUUGCCUACAGCGACAGCAACUUCGGGGGCGUUUCAGUCUACCUCAUGCAGGACAAGAAGACGUCCAAGUGCCAGACCGACAUUGCUGGUCGCACUUUCCGCUCCGCCCAGAUCUGCGUUCCCGCAGCGUGUAUUCUUUACAAGAGCAACGACUGCACCGCCGACGAAGCUGGCAGUGACAUCUAUCUUCAAGGUCCUGUUGAUGUCAACACCUUUCCGGCGCUUUCCGACACGCCUUGCAACUCGUACAUGUGUGGCACUGUCGAAGACAUGCAAUUGAAGAUGGGCGGUACUGCCUCUACUUCCCAAAUUCCCGGAGGUGGAUACUGGAGCGUUGCUGGUCACUAAGUGGUAGGUUCGUACACUUGUGUACAGCCAAAGCUAUGUUGACCUGGUUCAGGCACCGGUCGACGACAGCCUACUCCUGUCUCCACCUCGUUCUUGUGGGUACGCUACACUUCUGGACCGACAAGUAGAUUAGACUGGAAGAACAGCGACAGACAGACAUCAUAGGCCAUGGUUGGAAGGC